AUGUGCCAGCGCAUAGCAAGAGGGCCUCACAGUACACCGACGAUAGACCACUCUGGAGCGUGCCGUCUACAAACAUAUUUCACCGCAAAGGGGCUUAUCGACUACUUCGUCAUCGAUGAUCCUUCAAUAUCACCAAGGACAGGAGCAGCAGGAGCAGCAGGAGCAGCAGGAGCAGCAGGAGCAGCAGGGGCAGUAUUAGGACCACUAACACUGGGGGGUUUACUACCUAUAUCUCCGUCGUCGCAGGAAGAAGGGAAGCUGUUUAAGGACCUAAAGGCAGACGUCAUCCAAGCUUCGCACGAUGUCGAAGAGAAGGCCAGUAUAGUUGAAGGAAUCGAUAAGUCGCAAGCAGAUCGGGUGCCCUGGCUCAUCCAUACCGGAUUUCCCACACAUCUACGGGGACUUCGUGACACCAAGAUCAUAUCAUCAUAUGCCUUGCCGAGAAGCAUAGACCCACUGGACGACGGUAUCUGUAGUGAGGACGACGAGGACGACGACGACCACAACGAUGACGACGAGAAUAAGGGAGAUGGCACCGGUCGAACCGCUACAGACCUCAGGCGCAUCCUCGCCGCAGCAGAAGGCAUGCUCCGGGAUGCAUAUAGGUUAUGCAGUGACAAAUCGCCCGAGCAAAAGAUAACACAGCAGCGGGCAAAAAGACUAAGUAAUUUCCGUGGUAAAGAUAACAAGCUGAGCAGCAUCAAGGCCGAUAAAUUCCGCAGCUUCAAGAAUGAGUCGAGCUUAACCUCCUACUUUCGGAUACAAAAGCAGCUCCUCGCAUACUACUACCGCACGGUGUUCCGUGCCGAUGGAUAUUUCACCCGAGAGUGUGACGAUUAG